AUGAGGACGAUGCUCGAGCUGUUAAAAGAGGGUUACAAAUUCGUUGAACUAAUCAGACACCGAUUUCCAAGAAAAGUUGAUGCUGUCAGGAUUCCACCUCGUCGUGGAUUUUAUCAGCGAAAAGAAGAUAAAGAAGUUAUGAAUACGUUGAAACGCCUCUGCAAAAAUGGUAAUUCCUCGCGCGUGAAGACCCUGAUUUUACAUGGGCCAGCAGGACACGGUAAAGUGCACUGCGCGGCAAAUCUGAUGGAUCAACUUUACACUAAACCUGUACGCUCGCGAUUCUUCUGGAACAAACCAUGGAAUUUUCGAAACAGACCAACAAUCCUGUGGACAAUCAAAGCAACAAAUAAAGCAACGAUGCUCGAAAGUUUCUGUAGUCUUGCCAAAGAAAUCGGUCUGACUGAACAGGCCAAGGUUGCAAAUCAGGAACUACCACUUUUCAGCAGAACAUCAGAAGGAAGACAAUACCACAUGAGUCUUCAAAAUCAAUGCCAAGAAAAUGCCUACGACAAACCUUUGAAACAAAUUUACGAAGAAGUUAUGAAGACCCUGAGAAGGCAAGGUUCCUGGGUGCUAUUGAUAGAAGGUGCUAAAGAAGAUAGGUCAAGUCAACAACAAUUUUGGCCUGCGCCAGGUGAUCCGAGCCUUGGAAAUGGUCUGGUGAUCAUGACUACUGAAGAUUCUAAGUUAUUGCAAGAGGAAGGUGAUGACUUUCCAUUGGCGAAGGUGUUCAUCGGUAAAAUGAUGAAAGAAGAUGCAGUUAAAUUUCUUGCGAAAAAAAGUGGUAUCCCUUUAACUGAUGCUGCAUGCUUCGCAAAUCUGGCGCAUUGCAUUCCCCAAGAUAUAGCAAAGUGAGUUCUUUUACAUAAAAAAAGGCUUAAGCUAAGGUGAUCGAGUUGAGAACCUUGAAAGUUUCUUUAUAAUCUUCUCCACAAUCAAGCAUCAACUUAUGAAUCAACUAAUCCGUAAAAAUCAUGAAUUAUCAAUUCACGUUAGACGGUAACUCAUCAGAGGCCAUCCCUUUAUAAACAUCUUAAAGGUUGUAGAUCUGUAAUUUAAUUUUUCUAAUAACAGGUUAGGAGCUUUUGUGAGGGAAUACCAAGAAGAAACGAAUAAAAAACUAACUUUUGGAAAUUUACCAGUACCACCGAAAGAAGUCACAUUCCCUCAGUAUAUGAUAAUGAUGAUGGAACUAACACGUGAAAAUCAAACGCAGGUAAGCUUAAAAUAUUUUAGUUUAUCUUGCAGUACGGAGAGGCGACAACCAGGUUCCAGAAUUACGAUGUUAGAGAGGUAUACUUAGAUUAAUGGUUGAACCGGUCUGCCUUCUAUAUUUCAGUUAGGCAGUGUUCUAAUCACUAACAUCUUUGGUUCUCUCGUUUAUCCUUAGCUGUUAAAAUUCUUGGCCUGCUGUUCUAGUGAGAACUACUUGCCCCUUGAAAUUCUAGAUAGAGGUAUUACAGGUCCAUUGGAACGAGCAAAUUUCAGAACAUUUGUCGAAUGGUCUACGAGAGAGGAAAUUAAAGUAGUAACCAUACAUCCAAGAGAACACACCAUGCUCAGAGAUAUACUCAGUGGGCAAAGCCGAAGUGUUACUGGUUAGUUGCAAGCUAAUAUUAGCUCUGUCACAUAAUGUAAGCAACAGCUGUCAGAAUAUGCAAAGAUGACUUGGAAACGUAAUUUCUAUUUGUGAUGGCCGUAAAACCUAACGUCCAUGAUCUAAAGAAAUAACGGAAGUUUCGUUAAUAAAAUAACGUUAUAUGUUUCAGCAAAGAUAACCUAGAAGGCAAUGAAAGCCGCUAAUCUCGCCUGCAUUUCAAAGGAACUUCAUUACCUUUCGCUUUUGUGAGUAAGGGUUCCCUUGGAGUAAACAACUUCUAACUUCAUUAACACUUUCGAGCGGAUACGAGAAUAAAGGCAAUCACCGGAUCUUUUUUUAGCGAAAAUAUUUCAUAUUUGGAAUGAUUAUAGUGGGGCACAUCCUCCUCAAAGAGAUUAUUCCCAAUAGAUUUUUAGAUUCUAAAUAUAUAUCACUCCCUCUAUUUCCCUACGGUGCUGUAUUGUUCUAACGUUCCAAUUGUUCUACUCCUUUUGACAACGACUUUAUAAUUUCAAAUUUUACUCAAGACUUGGUUUCCCACUUAGUCCUCUCUUGCUGUUCGUGAGUCGUAUUUUCCUUUGUAGGAAUAUUUUACUCAUUUAUUUUUUCCCCUUCUUUAUUUUCGUAGAAAAGACAUGGACAUACGUAUUGAACAUUCCCUUCUUGCAAAACAAACCACGAAACAUAAACACUCCUACUCUGUCGUGUCUCGAUGUCUUUCACGUGAUUAAAUGCCUGAGCGAGGUAUGCAAAGAUGCUUUACAAAACAACAGGAAUAAAGACUUCAAAUUGAUGCGCUUCGUUUUACCACAUCUGAAAGAAGCUGUGAAGGUAUGCACUAAAACAGCUGUUCUUGUAAUGACUAACUACUGAUCUGAUCUGGCCGGAAGAAAAAAAAGCAUAAAAAAUUCGCAUUUUUCAAUCUUUUUCCAAAGUCUAAGGCUUAAAAGACAGUGAUCUCUAGAUAUGUGGUUGUGUUACUGGCAAAAAAUCUUGGUAUUUCCAGUCGUAUACUUUUGGACGCAGAUGUAAACUAGGUCAAGAAGAGCUGGGUUUUUUUCAUGCACAAAAGUGAAGUGAAGUGAUCGGGGAAAAGUCGUCCAGCAUCGCCGGCGCUUGUAUGGCAUUUUUACAAAAAAAUAUUCGUGACAAUAAUAUGGUUGUGUAAAAAAAUUAAUGAGAGCAUUGAACUCAGUGAAAGUGAGUUUAACCAUUCGGUUUACUUGUCCUAUGAUGAACUUUUGAAAUAUGGAAACAGUCUGGAGACGAAAAUGUUUGAUACCGAAUGAUUAAGAAAUAUCAUUAUGGAUUAAAGGCAAGACUUCUCCCCAAAAAAAUACACUUUUUGUCACUCACCUAGUUCUGAUGGUUUUUUGGGAAUUUUUUACGCCUUAAUUUCAGUUUUCGAGCGGAUUUCCAGUAAGCUUUGCCAACAAAUACUUUACAACUGAUAGAUUUUGCUGCCGCUAAAGACUUUUCCGAUUCAAAUUUCGAUAAUCCAGCUUCAUUUUUUGAACAUUUACCGGGAAAAGGAAAUGUAACGAAAACCACAAAUGACACAAUAAACCGCGUUUCAAGGAAUUUGGCGUGUUACAUUGCAAGGAAAUGAAGAACAGGAUUUUACUGUACAAACGUCUUCGUAGUUGUCUCCCGCUCGUGAUGAUAUCCUAUUUUUUAAUAGUUCAAACAAAAUUGUUAAUAUGGCCUCUUAUGAGCCAGCUGUUUUGCUAAUUAAUAUCUGCUAUAUUCGAUCGGGGCGAUUGUAGCAAAUGCAGAGCAAGGAAAUCUUUUCUGAACUAACUUUAAAUCGAAUCAGGUGCGGCCUUGCGUGAACAAGGACAACUGCAGAUGAGUGGGAGUGAAUGAUGCAUUUAAUGUGUAAAUCACAUUGAAAAACAAGUUUUUUUCCUUAAAGCUCAAGGAAAAGUUGAAACUAGAAGGAGAAUUCGACCCCCUCGUCAUGGCUAAUGGACAUGCCUGUCUUGGGGAAGGUUUGCUCAUCUUUGGAAGGCCUGAAGAAGCAAGGGAGAACCUCAAGAUUGCUCUAAACUUCUUCAAGAACUAUGAAGGCCAAGAGAAUGUGCAACUUGACCUGGCUAACGUGUGGCACUUCCUGGGAGAAGCCCACAGCAACAGGUAUAAGUUGAAUCCUCAUAUUCUGCGCACAACCAGUUAAGGCAUAGUUUCAACAUCGAAAUCACAAAUUUAACAAACAUAUUUCCAUUAAAAUUGAUAAUUAUUUUACGAACAUAUUUCGCAUAAUUACAUCAUUUUUGGAAAAUGCCCGUUGUUUUGCUUUCAUUUUAAAUUUUAAAAAUCCAGUUAACUUCAUUUUGAUACGAAAAGAGAAUAUCUCCUCCAAACCACCUCUAAUAAGCAGUAUCCACGUCUAAAAAAGCAACUAAGUUUUGAAAGCUUGGGCAGUAAGGAUACGUUAUCACAAGUUUAGAAUGUUAGUUGCAUUUCGACCGAGGGUUCGAAUUAAAGGUACAGAUUCUUGCUAUAUCAUAAGUCUUAUGGGUUAAUUUAUGAAUUUAUAGUCACCUCGCGAGCCCGUGGGAAAGAAAAAUGUAUUUAGAAAUAGCCUUGCAAAAGAAAAAGCGGUUCUACAAAGGAGAGGAUCACCCACAGAUUGCUUUGACGCUACGAAGUCUUGGAAAUGUAUUGAACGAACUGGGAAUACAUACUAAAGCUAUGUAAGUAUCGAAGAAAGUUAAUUAUAGCCCAGAGAUAACCUUCGGUAAGUUAUUUUCAAAAUUAAUUUUCAAAAGAUCCAGCGACUCAAUUUUAAGAAAAUAAAGAGAAAUUAGAAAAAGCAGUCAAACCGAGGUGUUACUCUCGACUGAAUGCCCAAAACAAGCCACUAGACGAAGCACCACUUACGCUAAAAUUACCUAUGCUAACGUCAUAUGUUCCACAAAGUUUCAUCAGACAAUCGUAUCUACAAUCUUUACACGUUCAUAAUAAAAUGAUCAUGACGCGGAAUUUCGAUCCAGCUUUAUCCAAAACUUCAACGACAACAAAUGAUAACCGCGAAAAAAUGUAAGCAAUGUUUAAAAUCAGAAUAAUGUUCCCGGUACCUAAAUCUUUUUUCUCUUCAAAGCAGUAAAACGCCAGACUGAGGAUUUCCUUCUGACACUGCAGCUCAGGAAACAUCACUAUCAAAAACUCAAAUUCUUUGAACGGAAAUCAAAGAAACUCACUCUUGACAGUAAUUGCCUUGUUCAUCAACUUCAGUUAGCCUCAAUGAAAAUCUGAAACUUGAUCAAUUCUAGAGAGAAAAUCUCUUCUCCUUCCUGUUGAAAUAUUUUAUAGCAUGUGCCUGUGUGGAUAGAAUGUAUAGCUUGUGAUGAAAAGCAAGGCACCAAGAAAACCACUGGCUUGUCAAUAACCACAAUAAAUAUUUCCCAAAUUUUUACUUUCAGUAUUCAGGAAGAUACUUUAGACUUUGGAGGGUUCAGACAGGAAGCGAAAUAUUGCUUCUGCUUAAUUUACUUCAAAAAUCACAUUCGCAGCAAACUCGAUAUAUUCUCACAAAAGUUUACGAACGACUUUAGACUGCCAGAAAGUUUGAGGCCUUGAGCGAAGCAAGCCGGCGGGAGAUCUGUGAGGGGUUUAACAUCGAUGAUCAGAUUAAGUUUUAGAUUAAUAUGCGAGAGUAAUUCUUUCUCAUGCAUUAAAAAAAUUCACUUUUGUCUCAGUAACUUAAUCCAAAGAGCCCUGAAGAUUUAUGUCGGUAAAGAAAACUUCAAACAGGAAUAUGGUUACACCCUGAGUGCAUUGGGAUCUUCGUACCGCUACCUCGGUCAGUAUGCUGAAGCAGAAGACUACUUAAAGAUGGCUCUCAAAAUCUUUGAAUCCGUCGAAUCACCAAGCGAACUGAGGGUAAUGUUAUACUUAUUUUACCUUUACGUUCUAGUUGAAGCUUGUUUUCAGCCUCGUCACAAUAUCCCUUCCCUAACAUUAUUACUUAUUGGGUUCCAGUCUAAUAGUUAAUUUGAGAGUGCGGUAUUGGACCUUGUUGAUCUAUAUGUCUGCAGAUAGCAUUCAUAAUAUCAUCCUGUAGCUCAUAUGCACCGGAUCUUAUAGCAUUCAUGAACCAGUGGAGCAGAAUUCUGCCUGGAAACUCUUGCAACUAGAUUAAGCUUAAAUACUAUAUUUUUACACCAGAUAAUUAUGUCUUCAAGCUUCACGUUUUGGGAGACUAAACGGAUCUCGACUUACAGACGGAUGAUGAAUUGUUAUUCCAACAUAAAUUGUUGUGAAUGGGGAUUAUUCCCAUUAACGACACGAGUUAUGUUAUCUAAGAUGUAAGAUACUUGUCUGCACUAAUCCUCUAUAAUAAUACUGAUUUUACCAAUAUAUAAACUUUCUGGCAACGCGACAAUGCUCUUAGUUUGAUUCCGAUGCUAUGGUGGCAUGCCUUCAAUGUUCCAGGAUAAAUGGCUUUUUGCCAUCAUUGUUCUUGUAUUUGUUCUGAAAUUCCUUCAUACUGUCAUCCAGGGCCCCUUUGUUUCCAGCAAAGUAAGCUGUAGUUGCAUUUUGGAAGAGUGACAAUUGUUUAUGCAUUACUUUCACCUGUUGAGGAAGUAGAUAAAAGAAACAAAUAGCAAAACUGAUCCAACUUCUACUCGGGCGCAUUGCGUGGAAUAAACGUUUAAGGUGUCUACAUGCAACGUCUAAUAGGGCACUCCUCACAACAAUUGUUUGCUCAUAUUAAUGAAACAUUGAUACUUAAAACCUACGAUGACUUCUCAUAGAUACCUAUGUCACUAACCCAAGAUACCUCUUCCCCCCUUCAAGCAAGACUAACAUUUCAUCUUGGAUAUAGUCACAUCAGUUUUAAACAGCUGAUAUAAAUUGCACGCUCACACAAAAUAAACAGUUCUAGCUUAGACUUCGCAAUGUAUUUGUGACCUCAAACAAGAUAUCUUAUAUAAUGUCUUUCUUUAGGAUUUUCCACUUUUUAAAUGUCCAAAAUUUUUCAUCAUAAUUUCACUAAAAGUUAUGUCUGUUGAUUAUUGAAAAUUUCUGUUAAAAUACCGUAUCAGAUGAAAAUAAGUGGCAUCGUCAAGGAAAUUCAGAUUUUUUAAGUGCUUCCGUCGAAACCCCGCAUAAAUGCUCAAAUGCUUUUAUUUUCAAAAGGGAAUUCUAUAAUUUUUUUCAUGUCCACCCGAGUAAAGCCCAUAGCGGUAGUGUAAAAGACAACAUCUCGCCAUGAUUACUGAAAGUGGGUCACAUGAGACGUGAAUUGCAAAAAUACCUUGUUUUCUUCUAAAAAUCUGAGUUUGAUCGCUAAAUCACCCCGAAGUCGAUCAAAUUUGUCUUUUUGGACAUCAUACUUCUGCUUUGCCGCUUCAGCUUUGUGAACUGUCGCUGCUGUUCUUGGUCCAACUUGGAUGGAUUCCAGGUCUGUCCUGUAAGCAUCAUAUUCUAUUCUGGCGGAUUCAUAAGCUUUCACUGUCAUGAUGGAAUCCUCUAUGGUCUUGUGCACCAGAGUCGUCAAGUUAGAUGUAAAAAGCUUAAGUGCCCCAAGAAGAACUUCUCCAUUCUUGACCAGUAAUCUUUGGUACUCAGAAUUGUAGUUAAAGUCAGCCUGAAGUUCUGGAGAUUUUACCCCUAAAUCUGCAAAGGCAUCGGCAAGACCUCUUUGACUUUGAACCAUAUUCUGUAAAUGGUUCGUCAUCUGUUUUGCCAGUUUUAGAACAUUAACAUACUUUACUUGGGUUUCUUUUAACAGAAGAAUCUGUCCUUCAAGUUCUUUGUCCACGGUCCUUGUGCCUUUACCAAAACGUUCAGAAAGAUACUGCCUGGUGAAUUUAUAAGUUGAAAUACUCCAUUUCUUUAAGUGAUCUAUUUUCUGAGACGCAUUUGCUCGAAUUAGAGCUUGGGAGGUGGGAUGACUACCUGAAGUCGUACCUUCAGAUGACUGCCAAGGCGUUGGUGAUGUGGCGGGCCCUGCUGAGAUUUGGUCAAUAAUAAAAGUUAAAGGUUUAAGCAAACAGCUACAGCUUUAAGGCUCGACUUUCUGAAUAGCGAACUAUAAAAUAUUUGUUGCGUUAAUAUCUCUGAGGAGAUGCACUACCUCAGAUGGCGUUUUGUCCCUCAGUUGGUUACCAGUACAAGAACAAAGACACAAACCUACUGCAAAAAAAGCUUUGUAUAUCCCGUUUUGGCCUGAGUUUAUGAGCUUAGACGUACAAAAGCCACCCAGGAACUUAAGAUCUACCGGUGGUGCUCAAGUACAAAUCCCACCAAUGACAAAUAUAUUUCAAGACAGUGCUGUGACUCUUUUGAUUAAGCUCUUCUUGAGACAUUUUUUAAACACAGCAAACCAUGGCGUUUUUAGCAGAGGUUAAGCGCUUACUUAGCCAAACUAAUGCCGUUAGAACAUGCUAACUUGAACCUCCUCAACUAGUUCCUUCCAAUUUUUAUGAUUGAUGUAAUAUAUAGCAUUUAACUAUCAUUUUUUUUUUGCUAUCGUUAUCCUUCCUUUAUUGUAUAUCAAUCGGUAGGUGUAGAGCUACUCUCUAGAGAUAAUACCGGUAAGCAUGUCCUAGACAGGGAAUUGGCUUUGGCCUCAAUAGCUCAGUGAUUUGUUGCGCACGUACAAAGGAUCUCCAUUUGUUUUCUUCCCAACGAAAAGAGGAAAACUUUACGACUAAUGGAGUUUGAAGACUUUCAUAGACGAUAAUUACAACUAAGUGGGCGUAUUCCCUAUGUUUACUUCAUGGCCUAUAUGUCGUAAUUAAACGGCUCUGGAUCCGCCUCUAAAUAUGUGGUUGAAUGUACCAAAAAACCGAUGAAUACGAUGUUGACACAGUAGCUGCCGAUUAAUUUGCUCUAGUUUUCAAAUGUGCAUGUCAACGGAGCCCGGUUAAUUUUCAAAGGUAAACUUGUUAGAAAUAUUGAGCGUUGGAACAUCUUUUCCGAGAUCGUACGACCAAGAAAUCUUGACUCACAGAAUGAUACUAGUUUUUCUUAUUCAUCAAUGUAAAACGUGCCUCCAACAUUAGUAGAAAACCGCUCUUCGAUAAAGAUGUUGAUUUAGAUCUCAUAAGAUAGAAUAAAUAACUUAUUAUGUUUCUCAUUAUUAGCCCCCUAAAACUUCAUAUUUUCAUAUCUUUUCACUGGUUGAUCUCCGGUUGCAACAGCUUACCUCGAGAGGCUUUGUUGGUAUCCUUCAUUGAUAUCAUCCUAAAAACACGGACUAGUUUCCUUCACCAAGCUACGAAAUUAAAAAUCACAGACGCGCAGUGAAUGUGACUAAGUGAGCGGCUAGAACAAGCACGGGCACCGGUACCCGCAAUUACCUGUAGCACAGUCCGCAAUAGAAUGGCAAGACUAUUCGUAAGGAGUUUCAACUCCCACGGGUCUGUAAAAGGCGCAAAACUGAGUAGAUAGUACAAGUACAGUGGCUCAGCUUAAGAAAAUUUCAUGUAAGAGUUGCAGCUUACUCAUGAUGUAAAUUAUGAUGGGAAAGAAUGACCAUGAUCGAAACGAAACUUUAGUAAACAGCUUCGCGUGUACAACUCGUAAUACACAAACUGAACUCUAGAUCAUGUUUUCCACGAGAAUUGUGAAGUCUGUUUUUCAUGUUUGUUAAAAUAAAUUUGAACAGAGCUUUUGAAGUAUGCUUUUAGUAAACAAGUAUUAUCUUGUCUAAUUUUUCUCACCGCAGUCGUUUGGAGGGCAAGAAACCUAUAUCCAGACGAAAUCUCUAUUGCGAGAGAACUUGCAAAAUUUUUUGCAUGUAUCUUUUGAAGAAAAUUUUGAACACGCAACCUAUGGGUGAUAUCAGAAUAAAAUGGCAUUAAGUGAUAAAAUUAUAACCAGAAGAGAAAAAAAUCAAAAGAGUGUUAUGCCAAUGGCCACCUCAAACCACCUGGUUUUUUUUCAUUAGGUUGCUCUAAUUCACUGUUGUUUCAAACGCAAGCGGUAAGGAUAUAUCUAACUGACUGCAAUUAUCUGGCCUGAACAAACUAAAUGGUCUCAACCUAAAAACCUUACCUUUCAGAUUGGCGCGACACUCAGCCGUUUGGCCUCUGUGCAAAGAAAUAUGGACAAAUUAGAUGAAAGCAUUGCUUCCUUGGACAUGGCACUUAAAAAGUUUGGAUACAACGACAUAUACAGUGCUGUUAUUUUAUCAAAGCUGAGCGUGGUGUACCGCUACAAGGCGGAUUUUAAAAGAAGUCUCCAGUUUGCGUUGAAAGCUAAAAAAAUUGCAGAUGACCAAUAUGGCACAAAAAGUCAUCCCGGUAAGUUAUUGUUAAUUCUCAUCGUAUUCUCCACAAUGUUACCGUUUUGUUAUUAAUAAAACGAAGAGGUUGAACUAUUCAUUACAUUAGCUACGUUAAUCCUUGAGAACUUUUGAACUCGAGAGGAUCUUUUUUCGUUACAGCUAGAGCUACAGCAUUGUUAAAUCUUGGACAUGCGUUGAGUGAUGUGGGAGAUGUAGACGAUGCAGUGAGAAGUCUUACAGAGGCCUUAGAUAUCAACAAGAAAAUCCAUGGCAGUAUCCAUCGCAUUGUGGCCGCCAACUACAACUAUUUAUCUUAUGGCUACCUACAGAUGGGAAUGGUUCAACAAGCCAAGAAAGAGCUACAAAACGCUAUAAAGGUCAUGCACCAUUACUCUCGCUCUCACCCAGGUAAUAAGCGACAUUGUUACUUUCAAUAGCAGAAACAGCUCGAAACUUACUCUCGAAUCGUAUAAAUAGAUUGAGUUUAGGUCCUCUGUCGUACUUUAAGAUGAAGAGUAAGAGGACAUUUUUUUUCUUUUAUAACAACCUGUCUCACUCUAACGGCUUUUGUGUGUAAACGAUCAUUAAUAAAAUUGAUUAGAGAGGGGUCUCCCCUCAACCAGGAUUAGAUUCGACUAAGAUAAGAAGCUAAAUCGAGGACAUGUAAGGAAGCCCUUAGGAUCCGGUGCAAUUGUUUUUGUCUCCGGUGCAAUUGUUUUUGUUACGAGUUAAAAUCAGGGUCUUCUUACCGCCAAAACACCGCGAUGGCGAGAGAUUCCCCAACGAUUGUAAUAAUUUCGAUCAAUGCAUAUUAGACCCUAAAAUCAAAGAUGACGUAUUAACGCUUACAGCUGUUUUUUUUCCUUUAAGAGAGAGCUAAUUCUCUAAAGAGGCUAAGCAAGGUCUGCUUAAUCCUCGGGGAAACCAUCAAAAGCGCAGAUUUAGCUGAACGUGCUCUCCAAAUCUACAAACAAACGCAUGGAGAUACCAUGGAACAUAGAGAGGUAAGCCAAAAAACACUGCAUAGUUGGUGAGUUAGAUUUUUAUGAUAGGUACAAGUACACUGGCCUGUGAAUUUUCCUUUUUGUUUGGAAGGAGCCCUUUUCAGGAGUACUGAGGUUAAGGAGUCACAACUUUUGCUCAUGUCUAGGUAUAUUAAAUACGAAAACUUAUCUUACAGUAUACAUAGUCUGCCUAUCGAACAAUUUGUUGAUUUCUCUUGAAUUUUACUGCCGGGUAAUGGGUAAAGGACCCUUAUCAGCUAUUGUUUUUUCUAUAUAACUUGCUCAAUUUAACAAAUAAUUUUCACGUUGCCGUGCCUCUGUUCAGUAAUAGAUCACAGCUGACGUUCAUAAUGUGGUACAAACAAAACAGUGGCAAACAAGGCAAAGCCGACUGUGUUACUAAUGUUCCCGCCACAUUUUGACGUCUCUUAGUGAACUGUUCCUGUACAGACCCGCGGCAAUAUGGAAUCUAUUGGUUUUACAUAACAGAAAGCAAACUGUUGAAAAUGGUGAGGUCAUCUAUGUGUCUGUCCUCCUGCAUGUCGAAUUCAGCUUAUCAUAAGAAAGCCGUUGCCUAUCGACCAUUAAGACGGUCAGACGCAUGCAUCUAUUUAAGCCAGCAAAAAGUUUGUUCAAAGUGACCAUGGCUGAAGCAGUAUUACGUAAAAAUAUGUCGAAGCCUUAUAGAUUUCCUACAAUAAAAAGGUCACAAAGACAUUUGGCCGAAGUCGAUUGCGGCAUCAAGAGAAAAUAGCCACAGCAUCAGGAAUUUCUUACUAAGACUGUAAGUUAGGCUUUCAAACCAGUGUAACAAUAGUUAUUAAUAAAUAUCGAUAAAAAUUGGAAUCAAAACAUGAGCGAGGACUGAACAUAUUUGAUGCCUUGAUACACAAUGGGGGAACCAAGUUCUUCAACUUCGUGACAUUGAUUCGUUUCCCUAAAAAAAAUAAAAACUUCUAACAUUAGGAAAAAAAUGAUCGAUUUUCAGAAAAACAGUUCCACUUAGAGAUAGAGACUCGGAUUAAAUACCGAGGAAAUGAUAAUAUUCAGCCCUGGCAAGGAGAAACAAAUGUAAACGAACACCUGAUUCCACCUCGUACCAAAUAUCCUUCUAAGUGGAAUUCUCUAUACGGUAACGAGUGCAUACAGACGCACAAGGGCCACACACCAGCAAAUUUAAAUUGAAAGUUUAAUUAAACUCGUCAUUCCAUGAAUUGUUUCGAUGAUCGCUUCUUCAUAACAUGAUCACGAAAGUUUGAUAUUUUUUCAAAUUACCUUCACACCCUUACAUUUAUAAGUAAGCGGAUUUUAGAAUUUUAGUGCUGUGUUUUGAGACAAAUUUAGAUUAUUCACAGAAUUCGAUUAGGACUUGUGUCGUAACACACGUGUCCAGUUUCUCUCCACUCCUUUGCAAACAGAUUUCAACUCAACAGUAAUGAAGGGAACACCUUAGUAUUUUUUACCUCUUUCCCCAACUAUCCAGGGCUUCUACUUGCAAGGACGAAAUUUGUUUCCGAUAGGUUAGCAAGUAACUAUAUGCCUUUUCUCUUAGUAGGGUAACAACAUAAAGAUAAAAAUUAUCAUGAUUUUAUGUUGACAAUUAGUAGGCGACACUACAAUUCUAUUGUAUUGCCUAUUUCAGGUGCGGAGGGGUGCAGUUCGGGUGGCUUACGCUUGCUCUAAGCUUGGUUUGUCUGACAUGGCUGAAGAAUAUCUCAAAGAGGUAGAACUUGGUUUUCCCAUGGGCCAAGAAAUUAGGUCCCACCCCGAAUUUGCCGCACUUCUCCGGAAGAAAACCGAAAUUACUUUAGAUAGCUUCGAAUUCAACUGGCCUUUGAACGAGGUGAGCGUCCAAGAAAUACUUUCACGGGCAAACAAGGAUUUACUCCAAGCAGAAGAAAUUUUGAGCUAUCCAUUUCGAUUUAAACAACAAAUCGCAUUAACAAAGAAGGAAAAAGCGCGAUUAAGCAUACUAAUGGGAAACUACGGCAACGCGUAUAACGACAUUCGUUCAGCUCUAAACAUUCUCCCGCGGUAUUGCGAUUAUUUGAAGGCAGAUUUUUCGUUGAUAAGGAGUGAUGCUGAAAGAGGCCUAAAUCUGGUUAAUAGAUCAAAGGUGUCUUUGGAAACAGCUGAAAAUAUUUAUCGAAAUAUUUUUGGUGACGACCAUCCAAUGGUUGCAGUCACUUUGCAAAAGCAGUGUUCUCUACAUUUGGAUUUCGAGCACAAAAGUAACACUGGCAUGAACGAAACCCAUAAAUAUUUUGAAGCAAGUCACAAAGCUUGUGAAGUCCUUAAAAGUAACUUGGAGCAGCAGCUUGCCGGUAUCCAAAGAGAUUUUCUCAAAAACUACAGUUUUGAGCGACACCCUAUUCUUAAACGACAGAAGUCGCUUCAUAAAAGGUUAACGCGCAAUCAAGGUGCUUGGUGA